UGGGGACAGACUAGUUGUCUCUGGAGAGCCUGAAGCAAGGAUGGAUCAAGAGACUGUGGGCAACAUUGUGCUCUUGGUCAUUGUCACCCUCAUCAGCGUGGUCCAGAACGGCUGGCUUCCAGUUUGAGCCAGCAGAAUGCAGAUUGGAGAAGACAGGCCAUGCUGAGAAACCUAGUCCUGAAUCACCGAGGUCCUGUUGCUUUCCCAGCAAGGCUGUCAAGAUGCCUUGGCUCUCUCCUGCCAAGGGGCCAGCAGUUUUGCCACAAGCGUUCUUCGCCCACAAGGUGGAGCAUGAAAGCAAGACGCAGAAUGGGAGGAGCUUCCAGAGGACGGGGACUCUGGCCUUUGAGCGGGUCUACACUGCCAACCAGAACUGCGUAGAUGCAUACCCCACUUUCCUUGUGGUACUCUGGACUGCGGGACUACUUUGCAGCCAAGUUCCGGCCGCCUUCGCGGGACUGAUGUAUUUGCUUGUGAGGCAAAAAUACUUUGUCGGCUACCUGGGAGAAAGAACUCAGAGCACCCCUGGCUACAUAUUUGGCAAGCGGAUCAUCUUGUUCCUGUUUCUCAUGUCCCUUGCCGGAGUGCUCAACCAUUACCUCAUCUUCUUCUUCGGAAGCGACUUUGCGAGCUACAUAAGAACUGUAACCACGACCAUCUCCCCGCUGCUUCUCAUCCCCUGAUUGCUGGAUACAGAGUGGGGCGAUCACCUGAUCAAUACGAGGCAUCAUAACUCAGCCCCGUGAAGGUUUCUGCUCCUCGGCUGGGCAUGCUGUAAAUCUAGUGCCGCUCUGGGCUCCUCAGCAUCAGUUAACCUUGCUUUUCCGGGAAGAAAAUUAUUUUGUGUCAGCUCCGCCCCUGGAACGUGGCAGUGGCCCAGGAUUUAUCGUCUCGCUCCAUCCUGCACUACUCCUGGCUUAUCCCGCUCUCUGAAGGAGUCUUGUGUGACAAUAAAGGGCAUAGAUGCGAUUUUGGCUGAUGGCUCAGUUUGGGGGUGAUAUUUCUGUAUUUGCUACGAGUAUUUCUUCAGCCUACAUGAUGAUAAUUAAAAUCACAAUCUC